GUGGAGAAUAAAAGUAAACAAAAUGACAAUUUUGUAUAAAGUUGAGAGUCGGCGUGAGUUUGGUAAUGCCAAAGAGGGUAAUGUUUUCCCACACAAGGUAGUGUUGUGCGCUGUCUCCGCACGCAACAUAGUUGCAUUCAGCGCCCUACAGAACCUCUCCAGCCACGUCUAUGUCUGUGACAUUGUGACGCCCUGGCAGUACUACAAAGUCUGCAAUUCGAAGUCCUUGAUCAAUGUGCUGGAGUGGAAUGCGAACGGCGAGCAGCUGCUGCUGGGCUACAUUGGCGGCCGUGUGGAGAUCUGGCAGCCCAAGGAGCAGUCACUGAACGUCUGGCAACUGCAGUUCCAUGCCAACAUACCGAGCGAGGACAUCAUCCAGGCAAAGUUUUUCCACAAUGGCAAAGGCGUCGUAUUCAAUACCCAGAAAAAGGAUCACACCUACUACGGGGAAAAAUUUGAGAGGCUUGAACAGCGGCCCACGCUAACCGGCUUUGGCGGCGUUGCUACCGAGGGCUGUAUACUGCUCACUUCUUCAGGGUUGCUGGCUGCCUUCACGCUGCCCCAGCUACAAAAGCUGGCCAUCAGCAACAACAACAGCGGCGGCCAGGCGCAAGAGCCAACGCCACUUAACAAUGCGAGCAGCGAGCAGGUAGAGUUAUUUCCUGUGACCCACAGCAUUGGCAUCUCACGCAGCUACAUAGAACACUGCAGCAUUGUGGCCAGCGCCAGCGGAGCCCUUAACAUUGCCUACAGCACAGGCUGGCAGCAGCAACAGCAGCAGCAGCUGGUCUAUUGCUACAAAGUCUCGCUGCAGCUGGAGGGCGAGCGCAUCGUCUUCAAAUCCGAGUCGCUGGCCAGCAUAUUCUUGAACACAUUGCCGUCGUCCACGCUGGAGAGCAAGCGCAUUGCGCAGCUGUUGUGGGCGCGAGUGGGCAACGAGGACGUCAUCUACGUGGUCUUCAACGUGGGUGAAAGCGCCAGCUUGCUGGAGCAAUGGACUCUGACACGGCGCCACCAGAGCGUGCACGCCCUACUGCAGCAAUCGGCGACUGGGCCAGCCGCUGGCAGCAAGCCCGUGGACUACGUGCCCAGCGAGAGCUGGGAGCAGGUGGCCAAGUUGCAAUUGAGCGCCCAAAUUUCACAACUGUGCAGCAGCCGCCUAAUCGCCGCAGAUUGCGAGCAGCUGUUUGCCAUAUUGCAGGAUAACAGCGUGCAGGUCCUGGAGCCGGGCACACUAAAGCAGCUGAAUCACACGCAAUUUGAGCACGAUGCUGAGACACGAUUCGUUUGUGGCGACUUGACGCCCACCAGCCAAAUGCUUAUCAUCUUCGACAGCCACGCCCAGCUGCACGCCAUGCAAACGCCCAUGCUGAAGCAGCAUACGAACACCAUGCAGCUGCUGUUGCUGCUGCUCGAGUACUGCAUUGUGACAGGCGUGGACGCCAGCGACGUGCUGCUCCUCAAUCUGGGCAAUCUGGAGGCGCUCGUGGACAAGCUGACGGACAACUUUACGCGCCAGCCGUCGUACGUGCGUCAGUUCUACUAUGCGAACUUCCUGGCUCUGAAAAGCAAUCUGUGCCGGGCCCAACAGCAGGAGUUCGAUAAUCUCAUCAUUUUGCACGCCAUCUCGAGCACGUUUAAGAGUUUGCUGCGGCCUUCGGACCUGGGCUGCCAGGAUAAGGGGCCGGCGGACAAUUUGGCCAUGAAACUGGCCGAGUCAGUGCCGGACGUCGACACAGUGUUGCUGAAUCUGGAUCCCAAGGACUUUACCGUCGAGCCCAUGAUGUUGCAGAGUCUGCAGCAGCUCAUCCAAUGGGUCACGGAUCUGGCGCUCAACAUGCUCAAUCGCCUGCCCGAGGAAGUGAUGAAGAGCAAAUUGUCCGGCAAACGGGCUAGCUACGACAUCAGUCGCGACAUCGUCGCCAUUGGCAGUCUUCGUGAGUUGCUUGUCAUGAUCCGCAUUUGGGGACUCCUCAAUCCGCAGUGCCUGCCCGUGUAUACCAAGACGAUGGAAAACAUCGAUGUGCUGGCCAUAUUGUUCAGGCUGCUGACGCGACUGGCCCAGAAUCCAGCGGAGCCGGACGAGCUGCUACUGGACGAAUGCAGUCUGCUGUCGAAGCAGCUGCUCAUCCCACAGCCUUCCAAACACAAUCCAACAACGCUGCUCAGCGCCCAGGGCUAUGCAGCUGUGAAAUCUGGACAACUAACGUUCACCUCGCUAGUGGAGCCCGUCGGAUUGCAGGAAAUCGAAAUGGAGCAAGUCGUCUUCGCCAAUUUCAUCAAGGAUGGUGUCAGCAAUUUACAAUUGGGUGCUAAUCCGAGCACCAUAAGGAGAUGCGCCCGCUGCGGAUUUGUGAAUAGCGCCAACAAAGUGGCCAAAACGUCUGCGUUGAAGGCGUGGUGCAACAAAUGGUUACAUUGCCACUGCGGUGGCUUCUGGAAGCAAAUCAAUUAAUCAUAACUUAAGAAUAUUAUUAUUAUUAAGAAU